ACACAGCACUUCCUGUGGCAUGGGAUUCGGAAACAGCCCUUCCCUAGCCGCUCCCAGGCCGGCUCAGGGACAGCUGGGGAGUGCCGAGAUUCCUUUGUGUGCAAGUUGACUCAUGCUGAAGGCCCGGAUCCCGCCACCACUCUCCACUGCCAGGUUCCAGCUGAACUAGAUGCCGAGCACUCGCAGCGGGUGCAGGACAUGGAGCACGCCCAGCAGGCACGGCUGAAGGAGCGGCAGAAGUUCUUCGAGGAAGCCUUCCAGCAGGAUGUGGAGCAGUACCUGUCCACGGGCCACCUGCACAUCACGGGGCACCGGGAGCCCAUGGGCAGCAUGUCGUCCAUGGAGGUGAACGUGGACAUGCUGGAGCACAUGGACCUCAUGGACAUCUCCGACCAGGAGGCCCUGGACGUCUUCUUGAACUCCGGCGGCGAAGAGGGCAGCGUGCAGUCUCCUGUCACAGGGCCUGAACCCCAAACGUGCAUCACCUUUGAGGUUCCACAUCCUUCACACUUGCCCACUGAGCCGCCUUCCUCCCCGUACACCUGCAGCAACUCGGCAGCGCAGGAUGCGGGCGAAGGGAGCGCACGCCCCAUGGUGCAGUCGGAUGAGGAGGACGUGCAGGUGGACACGGCCCUGGCCACACUGCACUCUGACGGGAAGGCAGCCACAGAGGCAAGCGACGACAGCGACUCCUGAAUCAGGACAUCCGUGCACACUGAACGACACUCGAGCGUGAGCGCAAGCCCGCCUGUAAAGUCUGGUUGUCUAUAGAGGGUCUUGGUUUUUACAGUUGCCAAAAAUGUGUGAGAAGUUGACUGAAAGAGCUGUGAAUAAAGCAAAGUUGAAACCA